AUGGUAACCAGCGAUAGGACAAGAAGACCUCUUCGCGGCGCAGGGGCUUCGCCCCGGGUGCCGGCGGCGCGGUGGCUUCGUGCGGCCGCAGUGAGGAGCGAGCGCGGGCGGCGGGGGCGCCGCGACCCGGGGCCGGGCGGGGGCUCGGAUCACGGCAGCGGUGACACAGCGGGCAGCUGCGCGAGGGCAGCACACGAGCGACCCGCACGCUGCGGGGACGACUGGCCACCGCCCUUCCAGCGAACGGCAUCAGGAGGCCCGAGAGCCGGGGGGGAGUCGCGGCAGCGCCCGGGAGCAGCGCUGCUAGGCUGCGGCCGGCGGGCCCGCGGGCAGCGCGGCGGGGCAGAGCGCAGAGCCGCCCCUCCCGGGGGGCCCGCGGGCCGGGGCUGCCCCUCGCGGCGGCUGCGCGCCCAGUGCGCCUGCGCGCGGCGCGGGCAGGGACGUGGCCCGGGAGCCGGGGCCGGCGGAGCGGCGCGCGGGGCUCGGCGGGGCAGGGACGCCGAUGCCCGCACGCGCCGCCGCCUCCCGCCGCGGGCAGCGCUCCCAAGGUGA